CCGCGGCGCGUGGUUCGUGGCGGGGCAGCGCCGGGUCGUGCGACGGGUGCUCGUACCUCUUCCACGGGAGCGAGGGCCCCCCCCCCCCGCUAAUCCUCAGGGCCUCAGCGCAGGCCGGGAUGUUUGUCCUGGUGGAGAUGGUGGACACCGUGCGGAUUCCCCCGUGGCAGUUUGAGAGGAAGCUCAACGACUCCAUUGCCGAGGAGCUGAACAAAAAGUUGGCCAACAAGGUCGUGUACAACGUGGGGCUCUGCAUCUGUCUGUUUGACAUCACCAAGCUGGAGGACGCCUACGUGUUCCCAGGGGACGGCGCGUCGCACACCAAAGUCCAUUUUCGCUAUGUGGUGUUCCAUCCCUUCCUGGACGAGAUUCUGAUUGGCAAGAUCAAAGGUUGCAGCCCGGAGGGAGUGCACGUCUCUCUAGGGUUCUUCGAGGACAUUCUCAUCCCCCCUGAGUCGCUGCAGCAGCCAGCCAAGUUCGACGAGGCAGAGCAGGUGUGGGUGUGGGAGUACGAGACAGAGGAAGGAGCGCACGACUUGUACAUGGACACCGGCGAGGAGAUCCGCUUCCGGGUGGUGGACGAGAGCUUUGUGGACACGUCCCCCACGGGGCCCAGCUCGGCCGAGGCCACGUCUUCCAGUGAGGAGCUGCCAAAGAAGGAGGCUCCGUACACGCUUAUGGGAUCCAUCAGUGAGCCAGGCCUGGGCCUUCUCUCCUGGUGGACCAGCAGCUAGCCCUGGGGCUCGACGGCGGACCUCGGCCAGUCCGGCAGACCCCAGCCCAGCCCUGGGGAAGUGGUGCAGCCGGCCGUGAGGACCACAGCCACUUCCGCAGACGCCGAGGAGCAGAGUGUGUGCCCCGCCGGACUGGAGCUAUCCCCGGAGUCCGCUCUCCCUCUGGACCUCUGCCUCUCGGCGACGGCACAGACUUUUAAUAAAAGACGGCGUCAGUCAGG